AACACAGAAAGACGGCCCCGUUCCAACGGAGGCUGCUGGGACCCGCAGCAGCAGAGGGAAAGACGCCACAAGCGAACGGCUCUCGCCGCCUCCGGAGCUGCAGGGCUGCCAUGGCCCCGGCGCAGCUCAACGCCUGGCUGAUCCUCUGCGUGUUCACUGCAUCCCAGAGGCUCGCAGAUGAACAUCCUCACAGCAGGGACGGCGCCGGCACCACCCCACCCCGUCGCGCCCCUGAGGACAUUGACGUCAUGUUCGAGGUCUCCUGGGCGUUGGGGGCCCGUGGGCCGAGGCACUGCUAGCGCCCACGCUCCCACCUGCCUGCAUAUGCUCUGGGGAGGGCUGGAUAUUCAGGCCAACGGGACAAUCCGGCUGCGGGAUGAAGAGCUGGCCUCCCUGCGCCCGGCACGGCGGUUCACGCAGCUUUUAGAGGAUGAAGUUCCCAAAACACCGGCAGAGAUUGAACAGCAUCUGAGAUACUACUCACUGACUGACACCCACUUGCCUCUAGCAGAGUUUGACCGUCUUCUUUUCACCGGUGUUUACUGUGCCUAUCAGGUUCGCUCCAUGCAGGGUCUGGAUAAAAACCUCUGGAUUCGUUUUUUCUCUCAGCUGAUUGAUGAAAUCUUUCGUGAUCUGUGCAAGGGGCUCUGCCCUGCAAACACCACCCUCCUCCUGGCUUCCUGGCCCUGGGAGGAGAAGCCUUCGCAUUUAGCACCCCUGAAACAUUUCUAUCGUUCUAACCUGGCCAGGACCAAGAGAGACAAUAAAGGAAACUACUGUAGGAAAGGACACACCUGAUUUCAGCUGCACCCAUGGUUGUUUUGAAUGCUUUCCGCAUUAUUCAGGACUGUGUACAAAUAUGACACACCUUUUUGUCCUGCUUUCUGUGUUGUGCUGGCAGCCCUCUAAGGAAUUUAUACACAUGCUUUUAUUUUUAAAUGAAAUAGGACAAAACUAUAAAGUGCAUUUCAACCUC